AAGAUGAAAAAUCAAGCAAGUUCCUCCUCCCAUUUAAGGCAGGCGGUGUAAUUACUGGCACUGACCUCGGCCAGCAGGUUGUUGGGACCUACCCAGGUUGCCCGGAGAUUCCAGUCUCGUCAUGGUUCUCUCGCUGUUCGCUCUGUCUCUCCUGAGCUGCGCUUCGGCUGCCCUCCACUUCAGGGGCAGUCAGCCCUGCCACAAGACACUGCCUGGCAGAAAGUUUCAAGGGGUCAGGUCUUACCCUCGGCCCCAUGAAUACCUUCCCAUUGCUGCGUUGCCGAAGGUAUGGGACUGGCGCAACGUGAAUGGCACGAGCUUUGUCAGCACCACCAGGAACCAACACAUCCCCCAGUACUGUGGGUCAUGCUGGGCCCAUGGGAGCACCAGCGCUCUGGCAGAUCGGAUCAAUAUUAAGCGUAAGGGCGCCUGGCCAUCUGCUUACCUGUCAGUACAGCACAUCAUUGAUUGUGCUAAUUCAGGUUCCUGUGAGGGGGGAGAUCACUUGGGGGUUUGGGCAUAUGCAAAUUUGCAUGGCAUUCCAGAUGAAACCUGCAAUAACUACCAGGCCAAGGACCAAGAUUGUUUGCCAUUUAACCAAUGUGGUACCUGCACAACUUUUAAUGUCUGCCACGUUAUCAAGAAUUACACGCUCUGGAAGGUUGGUGACUAUGGCAACAUCAGUGGGCGAGAGAAGAUGAUGGCAGAGAUCUAUGCCAACGGUCCAAUCAGUUGUGGCAUUAUGGCUACAGAAAAGCUGGAUGCCUACACUGGAGGAGUGUAUGAGGAGUUCCACAAAGAGUCUACAAUAAACCAUAUCGUGUCAGUGGCAGGCUGGAGCGUAGAUGAGAAUGGAGUUGAAUAUUGGAUUGUGCGCAACUCUUGGGGUGAACCAUGGGGGGAAAGAGGUUGGCUGCGGAUCGUCACUAGCACCUACAAGGGAGGAAAAGGAAAACUCUAUAACCUGGCACUAGAAGAUGACUGUGCCUACGGAGACCCUAUCCUGUAGUUGCGUACGGGUUUGACUGCAAGUCUACUCUUCAUAGGAAUGCAACUUUUAAAAUAUAUGUAUUUUUUAAAGUGCUAAUCUAAAAUGUAAAUCAUUGAGGUUUACAAAUCAUUUCAGCUCUGAGGCACAGAAUGUAAAUUGAGCACAGGAAGUUUUUUUUCAAAGAAAGGUGUAAAAGAGAAUGUUAUUUGUUAUACAGAGGCCACAAUAUGCAUUAAAAGGCCCUUUUGAAAAUCA